AUGGCUUCGGUAGAUGAAGCCCUCUCGAUUGAUCGCGAGAAGACGACUCCUUUCCACCUGAAGCUAUUCUACCGUCAGAACUCGUUCCAUUCACUGUCAGACUUUACUGUUCCUUCUGUGCCGUCUACGCUAGAGACUUCGACUGCCGCCGGCGCUCCGCUUCCCCCCCAUCUCCAGAUAUACACCUGGCAGUCAUGCUCCCUCCGUGAGCUUGCGCACCUACUCACGUCGACAUUACCGACAUUACUUCCUGAUCCGGCUGUGGGAACAAGACUGAGCUUCCGGUUAGUCUACCCUGACACAAGAAGCCAGGCUGGGGCCAGACCGGGAGAUGGUGGAGACGGGCGUGGAAAAUACACAAGCAAGGACAUCGGGAGCGUGAUUGUGAGGCCCAAGAAAGGUCAGAGUGGCGGUGGUGCCGGCGAAGGCACGAGUGAAGGGAUAUCACUUGGUGGAGACGAGGCGGAUAAGGUGCUGCACGACGCUCGGUUCGUCAUAGGCGACUACAUUGACUGUGCCAUCCUACCACCGCUCGCUGAUGGCUCCGUGGCGCCUUCAUUGCCGUCUCGAGGACCGCCUAGUUCCUCGAUAGGAGGAGGCAUGAGAGCCUUUGGAGGAGGACCAUUCUCGCGGGACGCCAGCUUUUCAUCAAGAUCUAGACACGGCCCAGGCUCUUCUGCGAGGAGCGGCGGCAUGUCUGGUCCGAACCCGGCAAGCGUCCCCAGCGGAGAGUGGAGGCGCGGUGAGAGAAUACCGGAUGCUGGCGGGCGUGCCUACGGCCGAGGAGCAAGGGAUGGGGGGCGGUCAUACUGA